AUGGCCAGCGCAUCAAACACCUCCAAGCCCCCGACGGCGGGCCUGGUGGUUCCCAAACUGGAACCUGGCCCAAGCGCAGUGCCAAACCUAGCCGAGGCGCAUGUCAACACCGAAUCGAGCGAGGUCUGGUCAUCAGAGAUGCAGUACGUGGCGUCGCUGACGAAGCUGCAGAAAAUGGAGGCGAUGAUCCAUCAACUCCGGACACUCCUCCCCGAGCGUCUCUUGGAGCCGGUGGUUCCGAUCGUGAACCCGCGGGCAGCGUCGCGGCGGCCGCCGCCGAAGUCGCCGCGCGUGCUGUACGAGCAGCUUGCGCAGACGGCGCGGGCGGGCGUCGCGGAGGUGCGCGAGUUCCAGGAGAUGUGGCAGAGCGCGGAGAUGAAGGAGAUCUGGGGGUAUGUUGAUGGGCGGAUCCGGGCCAAUGCGGGGCAGCUGCUGCAGCCGACGGGGAUGUGGGAGCGGGAUUACGAUGUUCUGCUGGCGGAGAUGGAGAGGGAGGAGCGCGGCAGGAAGGAGCAGGAGGAGAGGGUUGAGGAGGAGGCGGAGCAGGCGAAGAUCCAGGCUAUGGAGGGCGGGUGGAGGGCGAUUGUGGAGGCGUUUGUGCGGAGGAAUGUGCCUGGGGUACGCGUGCUGCCGAGCAAGGACCAGCCGGUCCUUACCGUUGUUCUUGUCAAGGCUGGCAUCACGGUGCAUGUCCAGGAGUUGGAUGGGGAGGGCCACGGGGUGUCGGACUGGCGGGUCAUGGACAAGGCUGUUCCCGGGAAACCGAAGACGAAGCUGGAGUUGGGGAUCAUGGCGUGCUUGAACGCCCGGCCGCGGCAGUGGGAUCUCGCUCAUCUUCUCGACAUGAUCUCCGCCUACUCAGCCGUCAAGCAGACCCCCUGCGCAAAAUGCGGCAAAAUGACCAACAGCGCCGCACAGCUCCCCACCAUCCGCCAACCCAAACCCACCUCCGACGGACAGGAAUCGUCGCUGCAGUGGGACGCCUACCACACAGACUGCAUCUGA